AGCAAACUUAGGCGCUGCAGUUUAUGAUACCAAAAACACAAAAGGCAAGCAAAUUUCUUAUUGGGUGAUUUAAGCAAUACACUUUAUAGUUGUACAAUGAAAAAAGGCAAGUUGAAUAUGCUUGGAGAUUUAAAAGAUACAUACCCAUUGGAAAAACAUCACGAAGGAAGCGAAGAAAAAGUCGUUGAAGAUGGGCAGAUUAAAGAUGUCGCAUUUUCAAAUGACACUAGCGCUUUAGUAUAUUUGUGGUUAAUAAUCUUUAGUAUUCUAAUGUUCACAUUUCCAUUCAUCACUUUUUAUGGUGUGCGAUCUUGGCUGCAUGAGUCAUUUGAUAUUUCUGAGUUUUAUGUAAAUUGCUGGGCAGUGCUUUCUUCAGUGCUUGUUGUAAAUGUUAUUAUUUGUUUAUACGUUUUCAAAGCAAUAAGUGAGGAAAAUAAUAGCGACUUAGUAAUGCAAAAACAAAAUAAGAAAGAUAUUUAAAUUAAUAAAAAAUAACUGCUUUGAAAA